UCUAUCCACGCUUGUAUGUUCUGGUCAUGUUUGCUUCACAGUGCUAUCAAUGCCCAGAGGGAUUCACAGAAUGAUGGAGCAUCAUUGCUGAAGCAUCUCUUGUUGUGUAAAAAAGAUAUAUUUUCUUCUAUACAUUUGUGCUUUUGUCUUUCGCCAGAUUUUGGUCUUCAGGAGGAUUUAGACAAACACAGGAACCAAUUGAAGAGGAGAUGUAAACAUGUAACUGAAGGAGCUGAUGAAUUAGGAGCCAGAACUCUCCUCAACAGCAUCUACACCGAGCUCUACAUCACAGAGGGACAACGUGAAGAGGUUAAUACCCAACAUGAGGUGAAGCAGCUGGAGACAGCUUCCAAGGCUCUCAGUGACACAUCAAUCAGGUGUCAUGACAUCUUUAAAGCCUUCCCUGACCAACAAGGAGCUAUCAGAGUGGUUCUGACCAACGGUGUCGCUGGUGUUGGAAAAACCUUCUCAGUUCAGAAGUUCACUCUGGACUGGGCAGAGGGUUUGGAGAACCAAGAUGUCAGUGUGGUGGUUCUACUUUCGUUCAGAGAGCUGAACUUGAUCAGAGAUGAGCAGCACAGUCUUCUCACGCUGCUCCAUGUUUUCCAUCCAACCCUCCAGAAGCUCCCAGCAGAGCAGCUGGCUGUCUGCAAACUUCUCUUUAUCUUUGAUGGUCUGGAUGAAAGCAGACUUUCACUGGACUUCAACAACAGUCAGCUGGUUUCUGACGUCACACAGAAGUCAUCAGUCAACGUUCUGCUGACAAACCUCAUCAAGGGGAACCUGCUUCCCUCGGCUCUCAUCUGGAUAACUUCCAGACCUGCAGCAGCCAAUCAGAUCCCUCCUUCAUGUAUUUCUAGAGUAACAGAAGUACAAGGCUUCACUGACGCCCAGAAGGAGGGGUAUUUCAGGAAGAGGUUCAGUGAUGAAGAGCUGUCCAGCAGAAUCAUCUCCCACAUUCAGACCUCCAGGAGCCUCCACAUCAUGUGUGGAAUCCCCGUCUUCUGCUGGAUCACUGCUGUAGUUCUGGAGAACAUGUUGACCUCAGAGCAGAGAGGGGAGCUGCCCAAGACCAUGACUGACAUGUACUCACACUUUCUGCUGGUCCAGACAAAGAAGAAGAAGAACAAGUACUAUGGUGGACAUGAGACAAGUCAACAGGAGCUGAUGGAGGCUGACAGGGAAGUUCUUCUGCAGCUUGGAAAACUGGCUUUUGAACAUUUGGAGAAAGGGAACAUUGUGUUUUAUGAGGAGGAUUUAGAGCAGUGUGGUCUGGAUGUCACAGAGGUUUCAGUGUACUCAGGAGUUUGUACAGAGAUUUUUAAACGGAAGAGCGUGAUCUUCCAGAAGCCAGUCUACUGCUUUGUUCAUCUGAGCAUUCAAGAGUGUAUGGCUGCAGUCUACAUGUUCCACUGUUUCACCACCAGGAGCACAGAUGUGGUGAAGGACUUCCUGGAUGGUUCACCCAACACCCAUGUUGGGAGAGACUUAAAAAUGGAAGAUGAUAACUUCACUCUAAAUUGUUUCCUAGAGAGAGUCAUGAUGAAAUCUCUCCAAAGUAAAACUGGGCAUUUAGACAUGUUUGUUCGUUUCAUUCAUGGCCUUUCUCUGAAGUCAAACCAGAAGCUCCUGGGAGGCCUUGUUGAUCAAACAGAGAAUAGUCCAGAGAACAUCUAUAAAAUCAUCAACAACCUGAAGAAGAUGAACACCAAUAAAAUGUCUCCAGAUAGAAGCAUCAACAUCUUCUACUGUCUGAUGGAGAUGAAUGAUCUCUCAAUUCAGCAGGAGAUCCAGGAGUUUCUGAGGAUGGAGAACCGAUUAGAGAGGGAACUCUCAGAGAUCCACUGCUCAGCUCUGGCCUACAUGCUACAGAUGCUGGAGGAGGUUCUGGAUGAGUUGGACCUGGAUAUGUUCAACACAUCAAAGGAAGGGAAAAUGAGGCUGAUCCCAGUGGUGAGGAACUGCAGAAAGGCUCGACUGGUCGGCUGUCGACUCUCGGAGACUCACUGUGAAGUUGUUGCCUCGGCUCUGAUGUCCAGCCGCUCCCAGCUGAUAGAACUGGACCUGACUGGAAACGUCCUGCCUGGCCCAGGAGUGAAGCUCCUAUGUGAUGGACUUGCAAGUCCACACUGCAAACUGAAGACACUGAGACUGAGAGGCUGCAGGCUGUCAGAAAUCAGCUGUGAUAGUCUGUCUUCUCUCAUGUCAAAUCCUUCUCAUUUGAAACAUCUGGACAUGGGUCUGAACAAUAAGCUGCAGGAUUCUGGCAUGAAACUGCUUUGUGCCUUUCUAGAAAAUUCAGAAAGUAGACUGAAGACACUCAGAUUGCUAGAAUGUAGCUUAACUGGAAUAGCCUGUGCUUAUUUGGCCUCGGCUCUAAAGUCCAACCCCUCCCCUCUGACAUAUCUGGACAUGAGUGGGAACAAUCUUCAGGACUCAGGUGUGAAGCACCUGUGUGCUUUCAUGGAGACUCCUAACUGCAAACUGCAGAAACUGAGUCUGUGGGGCUGCAGGCUAUCAGGAACCAGCUGUGCUUCUAUAGUCUCGGCCCUAAACACCAACCCGUCUUUUCUGAAGCGUCUGGAGCUGAGAGACAACAACCUGCAGGAUUCAGAUGUGGAGCAGCUGCUGGAUCUGGUGGAGAGUCCACAAUUCAGACUGCAAAGGCUGAGAUGGAAAUGAUGAUCCUUUUACAGAUGAAAAGGAGGGGAUCUGAGGAGGUUAAACUGGACAGUCGGCUGACAGGAAAGACUUAUUUAGUUUGUGUGUGAACCGGGUUUUUAUAUACUUGUGGGGACCUAUUUCUGUCUACAUAGUGGGGUUGUGAGGACCACGGCUUCUUGUGGGGACAAAUCCCAGUGAUGGAUAGGAUUAGGAGUAAAUUGUAAAUGAAUGGAAGUCAAAGUCCCCACAAGACACAAAAACAUGACUGUGUGUGUGGCGGUAAUAGCUCUACUGCAUCUCUCACAAUGUGUGGUAGAUGCUGCCUGUUAAUAUAUUUCCAUUGUUCUGAUCCUGAUGUGUCAGAAAUGCUAACGCUGAAGGUAACGAAACGUUUAAGCUCCUCCAUGCAGGAACCUGACCGUGUUGAGUCCAUUAAAGAUAAAACCAAGUCCUUUAAAGUCAAUUUUUAUAAUAUUUCAGAAGGAAAAACCGUCCAGUCCGUUUAAAUAAACUUAUUUAAUUAUUUCAUAAUAAUGAAAAUCUCACAAGAAAUUCUUUUUUCAUUUUUAAUUCCAGACUGUCUCAAAGUGUUUAAGACGUUUUGUUCAAAAGUUUUGCAGUGUGGCUCCAAGUUCAUGAAUUAAAACAUUUCAGGGGCCAUUUCAAUUCUUGUUAAACUAAAAUUGGACCAUUUUAAUGCAACAAAAAGAACAAGUUGUUGUAGCUCCAAAAAUGGUCUCAGGCAUUUUCUUUAAAAGGUUUACAGUCUCCUGAGCUUUUUUGGUCUAAAGGUUUUUUAAAUUUAUUUCCAGCAACAAAAGAGAGAAUGUUUUUCAAUGAGCUUUUACAUCUAAGUCUGUCUCUGCUUAAAAGGAAGCUGGAUGAUUUUGGCCUAUCACAUUAAGCUGAAAGUAAAAACACGGCUAUUCAAAGAAAAAUAAGAACCGAUGUUCUUUGUGCCACACAAAUUCAUUCCAAGGGCAGUGUUGCAUUUACUGCUCAUGGGAUCUGAGUGCAGGGAGCCCUCCCAACAAAGAUGUGCCCCGUUUCCUUGUGGGGUCCAACAUUCCGGACCCCACACUGCUUAGGAGCAUCUCCUAAUGUGUAGCCUGCUUUUCCCCUUCUCCUUGGGGAAAAAGCAGCCCAAGGAGACUAGUGGCAGCAACUAAAAUAUGUGUUUAAGUGUGUGCUCUUGCCCUCUUGCCCUCUUGCUCUCAGUGAAGGCGGACGCUUUUUCCCUCUGCUCCCUUCCUGCCUUGCCUGCUCUGUUUUUGUCUUGUCUUUUUCUAUAUUUUUGGAGCCUUUCUUUGCACAUCCUCCAAAUCUACAAAUUAUGGAUCUGGUCAACUGGUCUCUCAAAGGAAUUGAUCAAAUUUUCUCGAUGAGAAGUCUGGGCACAGGAGAGCCCUCUUGUCCUGCAGGGAUUCACCCUGGAUUUAUUCAUGACAAAAGGAUUUCUCCUGUUUGGAGCUUGUGGAUUCCUGGCUUAUCGACAAAUUUGUGACGUUCUUGGCCAAACUAACGAACACUCAGACUGUUCGCUAGUUCAGGCUAGCGAACUACCAGAGACAUCUUGUGUCUCUGGUUGACCAGAGACACAAGAUGGAUGUGAGUCUUGCUGAGACUCGCAGCCCAGCGGAGGACUCUAAAACUCACUAAUGGAAAGGAAUCCAUCUUGGAGAAGUUGCUAGUUUUGGUUCAGUGGAAUGACCAAACUAAUUUGGAUGAUUGGGAACUGAGAUGUUUUGGAGAGACUUUAGGGAAGAUUGAAAUUUAUAAUCUACCCGACCUAAGACAUUCUGUAUCUGAAUUGACUUUCCCUCUGUUGCUUAUUUUUAUAUUUUCAAUCUCUUUAUCUCUUUGAAGAUAUGUAAACAUUACGCUCCUUCCCACCUCAGCCUGUUAUCCAUGCAGCUGUGCAGCUGAGCGCUCCCAAGGACAUUCCUUGAUAACAACAUCUUAUCGGACUUCUGUCGGGAGGUUGAGCAACGUGGUUUCAUGUGAUGUCACCGCCUUCACUCAUGUCGUUGUUUUGUCUGGAUGUUGCCAUGUGCCCUAUUGUGUCCUUUUCUCUUUUUAUUUUGUUCCCGUUUUUGUGAGGAUUUGGUUUUUCUGUGUAUUAAUUUAGGUUUCUGUGCUCAGUUGUCCACAGCUGUCACUCGUUUCUCCUGAUUGCCUUCCCUGCGUAUUUAUUCCCACCUGUGUUUCCUGUUCCCUGUCAGGUCCUUGUCGUAAGUUGUGUCUUUACUGUGGCGUCGUCAUUGUUUCCUGUCGCCUAGUUGCUACCAGAGUCUGAGCUCCUAGCCUUCUGCUCACCUGUGCUGCCUGGACUUCUGUACUCCUUGUGUAUUCAUCAUUAAAUCAUCACUUUUCUCACCAUCCACCACGUCUACCUCAUCUUUGCUUAACCACACACCAUGACACUUUGAUUAUUUAGAAACUGUGGCGUACUCACUCAGAAAAGGAAUUAGAUUAGUCACUCUUUAGCUCUUUUUUUUUAGAAAAUGUAGAGUACUCACUAUUUAGACCAAGAUUAUACUUCUUAAUUUUUAGAUUAUUAUGCAGAGACUCCUAUUACUGCAACCCAGAAAAGGAAUUAGAACGAACUUAGAAUCCAGAAAAAAAAGUUUUUAUUGUUACUUAGAAACUGUGGCGUACUCGUUACUUUUACAAAUUUAGAGCAUACUUACAAAGUCCAAAGAAUACUUUCUUCUACUUAUCUAGCAUCCCAGGACAGCAGCACCCAGUUUACACACUUUAGAUCAACAUUAGAUUCUUUUCUUCUUCUUCUCUUUCCUUUGGUUUGUUAUUUUGGUUGUAUUUCCUUUUAAUUCCUGUAAAGAACUUUGUGUUGCCUUGUUGCUGAAAAUGUGCUAUAGAAAUAAAAUGACCUUAACCUCAGUGGCGACCCCUUGUUCGAGGGAGCUGGUACUGCAAAUAAACGCACCACAGGAAGUAUGUUUCAUUUAACCAAUGAAGAACCCUCCACGUGAGUGUGAGUGUGUGUUGAAAUGUCCUUGUGUUGAUAUUUUGCAUCGAUUGCUAUUAUAGUUGAUUCAUCCUAAAGUUCAUCUUAAUCUGUAGUAGUGUUAAAUAGUUAUUUGGAAGCUUAUCCUUAAAAUUAUUUCAUGAAAAUGUCUUUAUAUUAAAUCUGUAAAUGAAACUGAAAUCUAUAAUUAUAUAGAUUAUAUUAUAUAUUAGAUUAAUUAUAUAUAAUUAUACAGAGCUUAAAGAAUUUAAAAAUAUUUCUUAAGGGUAACUUUACCUUCUUUUGUCAUGAGCUGUAAUAUUUGGGACAGUAGAACAGAUCUGUUUCAGGCAGGGCUGACCUCUGACCUGCAGGGAGGAUUAUUUUGAUACUACAGCAGUUUGUUCAUUAAAAGUGUUUCAGUUAAAUUCUGUUUGCAUUUCUAUUAAAGUUUGUAUUUUGUGACCACUAAACUAAAAAUGAAAGGUUUUUGUCUCUUUCAGUCCCACCGUGUUUUAUUAACAGGUGACGGCACAACAACGACACAUUACUGCUCCUCCACACCAACAACAACAUGUCUUCAGUCAACAUUUACAACUGUUUGACAUCAUGGAAGUGUCCAAGCAGGACGUCUGGGUCCCGCCUCCAGUUUUCCCAGAGUUCCCAGUGUCUGAAUCCGUCCUCCCAGAGAGCGAAACAGUAGGAUGUUGACAUGGUUGUAGCUGAGUAGUCGUCAUGGUAACCCUGCUCUAAGUUUUUUGGUAAUGUUGCCGUCGCGGCGCGACUGUCGCCUCCAGGAUCUGGAUGUUAUUCCCGACAGCGAGUAAAGUUCCAAACAUCUCCAAAAAAAAUGAAAACCACAGAUGGAAAAGUUCUGGAGAACAUCGUCCAUCUGUCGCAGAACCAGGAAUGAGUCCAAACAGGUCGGAUUAAUCUCCCAAACAACCGCGGAGAAUUGAAUUUAAAAAAGGUUCUGACAUUAUCCAUGGGAACUCUGAUGUUAACAAAAGGCGCUACAUGGAGGAACCAGAACCGGGUUGGUUCUGUUCACCCGGUACAGAAAACUGUAAUCAAUAAUCUCAAGAAAUUAAGUAGAACUAGAGAGAAAUAGUGACAGGAAAUUAAAUCCAAUAACACCUAAAAAUAGGAGUGUUUAUUUAAAACUGAUUAAAUUAAAGUAAAUCUAUAUGUAAAAAAAUGCUUCCCUCUUUAAUUUCAUAUCUAGAACA